GGCCGGGGUCACGUGGGGCCCCACUGCCUGCGGAUCAACAGAGGCUUAGAGAGCCCGGGGUCUGAGGGGAAAAGAGACACAAAGAGAGUCCGAGACUAGGAAAAGGAGAGCGAUUGAGAGCGAGAGCGAGAGAGCCAGCGAGCAUCAGACAGUUAAAGACAGAGGCAGGCAGAGAGAGAAAGCUACAGAGAUCAGAGGAGAAGGGUGACGCACAGAGACAGAGAGACAGAGAUAAGAGAUCGAGUCAGAGAAAGAAAGCACCAGAGGCUGAGGACAGAAAGAGAAAGUAUCAGAGAGCUAGUCCAAAAGGAAAGCAGAGAAAGAAAAAGAGAGAGAGAGAGAGAGAGAGAGAGAGAGAGAGAGAGAGAGAGAGAGAGAGAGAGAGAAGAAAAGACGUGCAAGGGGAAGAGAAGAGAGCGCCCGGGAUAGAGUGGGAGAGUAGCCCCCUUCACUUUCGGGGGCCCAGGGCGGGGUUACGGAGGGGGAGGCAGCUCCAACCUCUUGCCUCUCCCGGGUAGGGGGAAUACCCUGGCGGGUCAACCCUUUGUGGGAGUGUAGUGUUUGUGUAUGUGUAUGUGUGCAUGCGCGCGCGUGUGUCCGAAAGUGAGUGUGAGUGCGUGUGAGCACAGGGGGUCGGCGACCUCCGCGCCACCUCUCUCCGGCCGCCAUGAGCUCCCCUCCGCCCCCCCGGAAGGGUUUUUACCGGCAGGAGGUCACUAAGACUGCGUGGGAGGUGCGGGAACUCUACCGGGACCUGCAGCCCGUGGGCUCGGGGGCUUACGGGGCCGUGUGCUCGGCCAUUGACAGCAGGACCGGCACCAAGGUGGCCAUCAAGAAGCUGUACCGGCCCUUCCAGUCAGAACUGUUCGCCAAGCGCGCAUACCGGGAGCUGCGGCUGCUCAAACACAUGCGGCACGAGAACGUGAUCGGCUUACUAGACGUCUUCACCCCAGAUGACACGCUGGACGACUUCACGGACUUCUACCUGGUUAUGCCAUUCAUGGGCACAGACCUCAGCAAGCUGAUGAAACACGAAAAGCUUAGCGACGACAGGAUCCAGUUCUUGGUCUACCAGAUGCUUCGCGGCCUCAAGUACAUCCACGCUGCUGGCAUCGUCCACAGGGAUCUCAAGCCUGGGAACUUGGCUGUGAAUGAGGACUGUGAGCUGAAGAUUCUGGACUUUGGCCUGGCCAGGCAGACAGACAGUGAGAUGACUGGCUAUGUGGUGACUAGAUGGUACCGAGCACCGGAGGUCAUCCUCAACUGGAUGCGUUACACACAGACAGUGGACAUCUGGUCUGUGGGCUGCAUCAUGGCUGAGAUGAUAACCGGGAAGAUACUCUUCAAAGGCAGUGACCACCUGGACCAGCUGAUGGAAAUCAUGAAAGUGACUGGAACGCCUCCCCCAGAGUUUGUGCAGCGGCUUCAGAGUCAGGACGCAAAGAACUACAUGGAGAGCCUUCCCGAGCUGGAGAAGAAGGACUUUGCCUCCGUCCUGAAGAACGCGACCCCCUUGGCUGUGAAUCUGCUGGAGAAGAUGUUGGUGCUGGACGCGGAGAAGCGAGUGACGGCAGCGGAGGCGCUAACCCACCCGUACUUUGAGACUGUGCAUGAGGCUGAAGACGAGCCCCAGGCUCAGGUGUAUGAUGACUCCUUUGACGACGUCGACCGGACACUGGAUGAGUGGAAACGAGUCACAUACAAAGAAGUUCUCAGCUUUAAGCCCCCUCGGGUCCUGGACUCAAAGGAGACGUCUCUGUGAUCCCAUGUGGAGAUGAAAAGGGGGUCCCUCAGAUCCAGGCCAAUAGGAAGCCUUGUGGGAACCACUCACUGGUUUAAGGUGGGGCUGGGCACCAGCAGUGAGUGCCUCCUGGGGUGACUCUGGAGGGGCUCAGCUGGCAGUAACCCCCACGAUGACUUUGGGAUUGGGGGCAGGGAUCUCUUAGGGUUCUCAAUGUCCCUCCCUCAGGGCUAGAAUUCCCCACCCCCAUUUGGAAGGAGAGGGGCAGGCAGGACCCCAGAGACGAUUUGAGGAGACACCCUGCUAGACUGCAGCACCCCCCCCUCCUCCCCCCCCAGCCAGAAGCCUUAGGCCCUGCCUCUGGUCUGAGGUGGCCGAUGGUGAUGAUUGUGCUCUGUCUCAGUUGAUGUCCAGCCCUCUCCUCUUCAUUCACCCCCUGCCCCCUGACGCCUGUGGCGUUUGAGCUGCAGGGGCUGUGGUGGGCAGUUGUGACUCAGGGACAGCAUCCCUCUUUACCCCCAUAUGUAAAUAAAGACUCCUGGCAUGUGUCUGCAAGGAGAAUAAACUGUUUUGUAACA